AUGGCGUCUACAGAGGCGCUGAUUCGCAUGGGAAUCAAAAUCAAGCAGCUUCACUGCUGCGAGAGCGACCAGACAGCUCGGGCGGUUGCGAUGGCUAGGUUGAAGACGUUGAGCGGGAUCUUCCCCAACCUCUCGGCCGAGUCUGCGUUCGAGAACUGCUUUGGGUUGCUGCCACAGGACGUCAAGCUGAUCAAUCAAAGUCACAUCAUUGCGCUGGGACCUCUUGACUUGGUAGUUUGUGGGUUUCCCUGCCAGGGAUUCUCGCGGGCGUCGGGGACGGCCAAAGGCCUUCGAGACCCACGCACCGCCGUCUUCGUUGACGUGGUUCGGUUGGUACACAGGAUCAUUCGCCACCAAGGAAACUGUGCGUGGUUGUUUGAGAAUGUUGAUGCAUCAAGUCACCCAGACCUCCAGGUGCGCCAGGAGUUCAACGAGGUGGUCAAGGGAGUCCUCGGUCAGGGCUGUGCCUUUGAUGCUGUUGCAGUGGGUUCGUACGCCCACCGGUACCGUGGGAUCUGGACCAACCUGAUUCCAACCACCUUGCUUCACGAAAUGGUGGCUAAACGGUUUGAGGCACGGUCACCUACACAGACAGUGCAGGAUGUUCUAGGACCAGGGCGGUUGGCCCUCAGAGCGCAGCACAGCAGAGCCCCGGGUCCGCAUGCUGUCAAGGUUGUUGGAGAGCCCUUAUGCGCUUUUGCCACCUUCGUCACUUACAGAGGGUCGCAUGCCUACGUUGCAGGGAAGGAGGACAGCCCCGCCGCGGCCAAGGUGGCCCAAGGACGGCCUCCACCCGACCCAGAUUGGAGUGUCGUCGAACUGGGCGCGGUGCUCGUUCAGAGGGACGACCAGGGACGGGAGUUCGUCAUUGCCUAUGCCUCGAGGAGCAACAACAGGACGGAGAGGAAUUACUCCAACUACCAGGCCGGCCGAUGA